AUGUCGGAACCUUUGUCAAUCAGUGCAUCCGAUAUAGAUGUCUCGGCUUUCUAUCCACAGAAUGUACAAGACUCUCUACAGGAAGCCAGUGACCAUGCAUCCCAGGGUGACUUAUUUACGUGGCCUAAUAUCAACUUGGGCAAUGGACCAGAGGCUCUUAGGAGCAGCUGGGCAGGGGAAGUGGAAAAACUUGACAGCCUCCCAAAUUUGAACGUGGAUGCAAUAUCCAAUACCGAGAUGCAAAUAAUAUCUGAGCUCUCGUGCACCGAAAUGGAGACACUUUUCAACAACGCAGCAGAUCUUUGGGAAACAGCUCUUUACAGCCCGGAUGGUUCGACCAAGAUCUCCAAACAAACAGACGGUCACUUCCAGUUCAGAAGCAUAUCACUCCCUUCUGACAGUCCAGAGAACAAGCCCCCCUUGAGAAUCUUUGGCAAGAUUAUGCAACCACCAACGGCCAUGUUGAUGGGGGGCAUAAAGAAGUGGCGACACCUGCAGCAGUAUCUGAGAAAUCUGGCGUCGCAUAAUGAUACCGUUAUGAAUGCGCUGCUGGGUCUUGAUAGACUCCUUGAGUGGGAUAAUAUCAGUGGCUCAACAGCACCAAAGCGUCAGCUCCAAGACCACAUCCACAGUUCAUUCAACAUAACAACACGCACGAUUCAAGAGGAUAUUUCCUUGUCCCCAUGCGACAUAAACUCCAAUAUGGAUGACUGGCUCGCUGCUAUAUUCUUAUUGGCAUGGAUCCAAGUCCUCCGAGAUCGUGUCGAACACGACAGCGAGUCUCCGUUUCCUACUGAACUUACUAACACCAUUAUUACUUGCUCUUACGACUGGAAUUGGUAUUCAAGGCAGCUUCUAUCAUGGUUUAAUUCCCUCGAUAGUAAAUCCUCUCAUUUGAGCGGACCAACUCUCUUGUCACCCAAAGCUCUCCAAGUUAUGUCUCAGUAUCCUAUUCAAAUCAUCAGCUGCGACUAUAAAGAGUCUAAAUACAGAAGGGACUCGCUUGACGAUGACAAAGACUUCCAAGCACUGUCUCAGAGUCCAUUGUCAGAAGUCUCUGAGCAUGGGGAUAGCGGUAUUGUCGUCCCUGCGAAGAGUCCGUGUGACGUCAAAGAGAUCGUACUCCGAGCACUUCUGCAGCCAGCUGCCAAGUGGUAUUUAAAAACGCAAGCAUAUUGUCGUCGUAUUAGCGCCCUCGAUAAACAUCACCAAGAGCGGUUUACCCCAGAUGCAGAGAUUAGGGUUGCUCUAGAGGGGAAGCAAAUUCACCGCAAGCUUUGGGACUUGUGGGCACAGUGCCCAUUCAUUAUAUCUCUAUCUACGGCUGAGCUGUCCACGUCAAUUGCCCCCGACGUAGCAACGAGAGUACAAGAAAUCUCAAACAUCUAUCUAGCCAGCUUCUGGAUUCUGUUUAUCUAUCUCCACCGCAUCUGCUGGUGGCAUCUCCCGCAUACUAAAGCGGUGACAGGGGCGUUAGAGAAGACGUGGGAGCAUAUAAAGAACUCUUAUGGAGAAGCGGACGAUGUUAGUCAAGAAAUGACAGUCCAUCCUGCUCUUAUGUGGCCGGUCUUUCUCUUUGGGGCAGAAUGCAAAAAUGCAGAGCAGCGUAUCUGGGCUAUUGAGCAACUAAAAGCCUUGGGGAAGACACGGCCGGUGUUGAAGUCCCAGAAUCAGAACUUGGAGACUCUACCAGCAUUUCGUAUCAGCCAUGGAGCUACGAGGAAUGCAAAACAGGCAUCGCUUUUGCUUGAGGCUCUCACUCAAAAACAAAAGGAGAUGAAGUGCCGAGUUAAUGAUAGAGAUCUGGCUAUGGAUAUGUUCAAUUGCUACUUUUCUAUAGUGUGA